GCGCAUGCGUUAUACCCUUUGAAUGGUGUUGGGUUGUUGGUUGUGGCGUUUGUCUUCUCUUGUUACCUGUUUUGUGUUAGCAUUUCGUUCCGUCGCUGCUGGCCGUUUUCGCUUACUGCCCCAAUCUCUCCAUGGCCGACCCUCGCAUCAGACAGAUCAAAAUAAAAACAGGCGUAGUAAAACGCUUGGCAAAAGAAAAGGUUAUGUAUGAAAAAGAAGCAAAACAACAAGAAGAAAAGAUUGAAAAGAUGAAAGUUGAAGAUGGUGAAAACUAUGCAAUUAAAAAGCAGACUGAGAUCUUGCAAGAAUCUCGAAUGAUGAUUCCUGAUUGCCAACGCCGACUAGAAGCUGCACAUUCUGACCUUGUUCAACUAUUAGAAAAUGAAAAAGAGCUGGAAGAAUCUGAUGAAUAUAAAGAUGCACAAUCAGUACUGGAAUCGAUAAAGUUAGAGGCCUAGACUGAUUUUUCACUACUUAAUGGAUAUUCUUCAAUGUUGGGUCCAUUGCUACUUUUUAAAGUUUGGUCAUUGCUGUAUAUUUGUUCUAGUAGUAAUAAGAAUGACAGUGAACUAAAAUUGUAUUUUAUGCCAUUACAAAUUAUUUAGCCCUUUUUAUUUAAUUUUUUGGGAAAAGCAUUUUAUUGAAAGUUGUAUAAUCAUAUGAGGUAAAAAUAAAAACUAAAAGCAAAACAAAA